AUGACUUCUGAGCCUCAAUUUGCCGAGGGUAUCAAUGCCGAGCAGCUGCGUCCCUUGCUAAAUGAAUUGCAGGGCCAAGGGUGGGGAUUGGAUGAGGAGAGAAUUGGCAUCAAGAAAACCUUCUAUUUCCGAUCGUACUUCAAGGCUGUGAGUUUUGUAAACGCAAUCGCAUCGCAAAGCUCCACAAAGAAGCAUCAUGCCACUAUGACAAUAAGAUUCGGGUCCGUUGAUGUCCACUGGACUACUCACUAUCCUCGAGGCCUAACCGAUAAGGACGUUUCAAUGGCGCAGUUCUGUGAGCAGGCGGCAGAGUUGAUGGGCGCCGUGCAAGAAGGGCAGGGCCUGAAGUGUGGGCCGGGGGCAUAA